GAAGUUAAUUGGGAUGAUGUUUUAAAGAAAGAUUAUAAUAUAUAUGACAUAAUCGAAAAAAGAAAUUAAUAAUUAAUGUAAUAAUCUAUAAAUUAAGGAAAUAGUUUAUCUUCUGCUUAAUUAUUAGAUAAUUCAAAAAUAUUUUCAAUAAAUUUUUUACCUAAUUUAUUUUAAAAUUAAAUUGAGGAACUUUCAAAUGGAUUUAUUAUUUGGAUCAAUGGUAGGGGACUAUUAGUUGAUCCUCCAGUUUUUACAAGCUAGAUCUUAACUAAAAUGAAAAUUUCGAGUUGUUUAAUUGAAUGGAUUAUUAUUACUUAAACUUCAUCUAAAAGUGAUUAAGGGGCUUUUUAGAUGAUGUUUGAAAAUUCUAAUGUCGAACUUAUUACUACGAGACCAGUUUCAAUUGGUGCACCUUUAACUUUGAGAACUUGUAGGUUAAAGUUUUUUUAUACUUUGAAUAUUAUUCCUAGUUUGGGUUUUGUGGCUAAUAUGGAAAAUUAAGAAUUAUAUUUUGGAGGAGAUUGCUUUAUUAAUGAAAAAAUAAUAUUUUAUUUAGGCGAUAAAUUAUGGGAAGCUUAAUUAACUGAUUAUUUAAAAUUGGAAGAAUUUAAAAAUCCUUAAAUUAGAAAUACAACCGUUUUUUUUUCUAAUACUUAAAAAUUAUACGAAGAAAUAGAAAGCUUAGGUUUUAAUACGCCAUAAAAAAUUGGCUAUUCAAAAGAUAUAUCUAUUUAUGAUAAAAAAUAGUCUUCUUUAAAAAGUUCUGAAACAGAAGAAAUUAAAAAAAGAACUUUGUAAAAAAAAAUAGAUUUGUUAAGUACAAUUGAAAUCUUUGAAAAUAUUUCGAUUAAAAAUUUUAGAGAUCUACUUUAAUCAGCUAAAGAUGAGUUCUUUAAUCCUGGAGAGUAUAUUAUAAAAUAAGGGGCUAUUGGUACAAAGUUUUAUUUUGUUAUGAGUGGCAUUGUUUGUAUUUAUGAUAAUUCAAAAAUUUUAUGUAGAUAUUGCCCUACUGGAGGUUAUUUUGGUGAAACUGCAUUGAAAUCUGACAAUACCCGUAGAGGUGCAAAUGUUGUUGCUGUUACUUAAUGUUAACUUUUAUCUUUAGAAAAGUAAGAUUUUUGGUUUAUAUUUGGCGAAGAAAAAGACGAAGCAGCUUCUAUUAUUUAGAAACUAUUAUCUAUGUAUACUGCAAGAAGAAAAAAUAUAGUUAAUUUAUUGAAAAAGUAAUUUUUUUUUUUUUCGAGUUUAUUUUUUUUUUAAAGAAAUGAAGUAUUUAAAGAAUUAAAUGAUUAAUAAAAAACUGAAUUAGAAAUGAUUUUCAAAGAAACUAAGUUUGAAACUAAUAAACUUAUUUGGACUAAAGGAGAAGAUGGUAAAUUUGGGAUUUUUAUUAAAGAAGGAGCUGUUAAAUUUAGUGAUUGUGAGGAAUAAAAACUAUCAGAAAUUAGUGAAGGAUAUUUUGUUGGUGAAAUUGAUUCUUUAGUAAAUGAUAAACCAUUAACUACCACUUUGAUUUCUUUAAAACCUACAGAAGUUUUUGUUGUAGACAAGUAAGAUUUAGUACGUUUUUUUAAGAAAAAUUUAGGUAUAUUGCUUUAAUUGAAUUAUUUGAAAUUUUUUAAAUGA